AUGUCAAACCCGGAAAGGCGGCGGGGUAGACGGCCAGUACAGCGUCGGCGACGUGAUUGUGAUCGCAUUUCGCCGAAAGAUUCGUCGGUGUUGCCCGCAGGAAGAAGUACGUCGUUGCCCAACCGUUGCGAAAGAUAUGUAGAAAAUGGCGAUGCAUGCGCUAAUAAUUCGUGUAGUAGCAGACGGCAACUCGUGGGUUCCAGCUCGUCGUGUGGAAAGCGUUCACUCGAUGUCAACUCAAUCAGUAGCUGUUCUUCCACAGAUCCCAGCACUAUGAACAUGACUAGCAUAGAAGAUCGUAUGAUACAUGCUGUGAGAUAUCAACGGCUUCAUCGGGAAUGGUCGGACUCGCAGUUCAGUUUGCUACGCCAGGAAGAAGCUUGCAAGACUUGUGCGAGCUGUCAACGGAAGGCAGAAAAUCACCGACCGGGUCGCAGAAGCACCGGUGAUCACAUCGGCGAUGUUAUACGGAGGCGUGCGUCGCGAGUGAGUAUGCUCAAUUUUGCCCCUCAUACGUUUCUCGACGAAAUAGAUUCGCUGAAUCCUGACGGAAAUUCCCGGGUAGUCACCGGGAGCGAUGCAGUGGUAUUGAAACGACAAAUUGGUGUAUUUGACUGCGUGUCAAUUAUAGUGGGCGUUAUCAUCGGUUCUGGGAUAUUCGUUGCACCGAAGGGGAUCCUUAAAAACACUGGCGGAUCUGUUGGAGUAGCACUAAUUGUCUGGGUUUUGUGUGGUAUAUUAUCAGCGGUAGGGGCCCUAUGCUAUGCCGAACUUGGGACAACUUUUACCAAAUCAGGUGGCGAUUAUAUUUAUCUCUUAGAAUCAUAUGGUCCUUUGAUCGCAUUCCUACGCUUAUGGACUUCUCUGAUCGCCAUCAGACCGGCCGUGGUGGUCGUUAUAGCUAUAACGUUCGCCAAGUACGUCACCCUACCCGUAAUGGAGUACUGUAAUGUUAACGAUGUUGUUGUUCGUCUCGUAGCGGCUCUUCUUAUUUGUUUCGCUGUCUUCAUUAACUGUUUCAGCGUACCCUGGACGGCCCAGUUGGUGGACUUACUGACGAUCGGCAAAGUAAUGGGUUUACUCGUUAUCAUCACUACUGGCUUAUUACUUCUUAUCAGCGGUUACGUCGAUUACUUUCAGGACCCUUUCUCUGGCAUUGAAGAUAUCUCUUUGGAAAAUAUACCGCUAGGUUUUUACUCUGGGAUGUUUGCCUAUGCCGGUUGGUUUUACAUCAAUUACGUCACAGAAGAGAUAAAAGAGCCAGCGAGGACGCUGCCGAAGUCUGUUAUUAUAUCCAUGGUUAUGGUGACCAUCGUGUAUAUUCUUACUAACGUGUCUUACUUCACCAUUCUUGCGCCUAAAGAAUUACUGGAUUCAGAAGCUGUAGCUGUGGAUUUCGCGUAUCAUGCGUUUAGUUCGAUGGCUUGGACUGUGCCAUUGUUUGUGGCGCUGUCAACGGCUGGUACUGUAACGGCCAACCUCCUGACAACACCAAGGAUGUUUUUUGUGGCAUCGAGAGAGGGACACCUCCCGGACGCCCUUGCCAUGAUUCAUAUACGAAGAUUCACUCCAAUCCCAGCCGUUUUAGUUACGCUUCCAAUUUGUUUGAUGAUGCUGAUCAACGACAAUGUCUACAGUCUUAUCAAUUAUCUUAGUUUCCUGCGGUGGUUAUUUAUCGGUCUAACCAUUACAGCAAUCCCAUACCUCAGGUGGAAAAGACCACACUUACCGAGACCGUUCAAGGUUCCACUCGUGCUUCCAAUCAUCUUUGCCCUGUGCGCAUUUUUCAUGGUUGGUACAUCCCUCUACUCCGCACCUCAUGACUGUGGAAUUGGUCUAGGCAUUGCUCUCACUGGUGUACCCGUUUACUACAUUGGUGUAUAUUGGAAGAAUAAACCCAGAGGGUACAAACGAAUGAUGCAUUCUGUCACCAUAUUUUUGCAAAAAUUAUUGGAAAUCAUCCCUCAGGAAGAACACACUUUCUAG